CGGUUCUACUGGAGCCACUGCAGUGAAUCCGUCAUCAGUUGAGAGAAGGCGAGCGCAAAGCAAAUCCUACAACGAGCUGCCUGCAGAAAGCAUCGAUUACACUUACUCACAUUUAAUACUAAUUAGUAUUAUCCCGCCAGAAGUAGACUUCAGAUCGGCACGAUGGGCAAUGAAGCGAGUUACCCCCUGGAAAUGUGCUCACACUUUGAUGCCGAUGAGAUUAAGAGGCUAGGAAAGAGAUUUAAGAAACUUGACCUCGAUAACUCGGGAUCGUUGAGCGUAGAAGAGUUUAUGUCGCUGCCGGAAUUGCAGCAGAACCCGUUAGUACAACGAGUCAUCGACAUAUUUGACACUGAUGGAAACGGAGAAGUCGAUUUCAAAGAAUUCAUAGAGGGUGUCUCACAGUUCAGUGUCAAAGGAGACAAGGAACAGAAAUUACGGUUUGCCUUCCGCAUUUACGACAUGGACAAGGAUGGGUACAUCUCCAACGGGGAGCUCUUCCAGGUGCUGAAGAUGAUGGUGGGAAACAACCUGAAGGACACCCAGCUACAGCAAAUAGUUGACAAAACCAUUAUUAACGCGGACAAGGACGGAGAUGGCAGAAUAUCCUUUGAAGAAUUUUGUGCAGUUGUAGGUGGCCUAGACAUACACAAAAAGAUGGUGGUGGAUGUGUGACUGAGUUCCCAAGCUCCCCACAACAACUUUUGCUUUCUUCUCCAUCUCUGAAGAUAUGCUCAAGAUGUCCAGCAAUGCUCUCUGUGUAUUUAAAUGGAAGUAUUUUCUCUGUGAAGCCACCGUUUCCGACACGAGCCUCGCGAAGCCAACUCUAAAUCGUUAUUGAACAUCGAUUCUCUCAAUAACUUGGUGUAGCACUUUAAAAAAAAAAAAAACUAAAAUCUUGAAGGACAGCUUUUCUUGUUGAACGAGCAUCUCAGUUUGGUGGAUGAAAGGAAGAGGGUUGGCGUGCAGUUUUUUAUUUUCUUUUUUUAUAUUUAUUUUUGUCUUUUUUAAGGAAGUAUAUAGGGAAAUUAUGUGGUUAGUUGGGUGUAUCUCAAUAUACUUGAUUUUGUGACAUCAUCGAAGUAGAGUAUGACGUGCCAAUCAGAAUAUAAAUGUAAACCAGUUGAACACAUGACUACCAUCGUUUUAAGUUUGAGAGAAGCACUCUAGAUAAAAACAAAAGCGCUUCGUGACUACUGCGUGAUUUCCUUUCCAGGGAUAUGGAAGGUCUUUCUCUCUUUUUCUAUUUCACUUUGUAAUAUGAACUACGUAGUUUGAUUAUAGCAUUUUAGCUUCCAGUCACAUACAACACCAAAAUAUAUAUUGUUGAUUUUUUUUGUAAUAAAGGGGGAAUGUGUAUUUUAUUCAUACAUUUGUAUUUGCAAGGAAUUUUAUCUAUUCCUGGUCUUGCUCUCGAAAUACAGUAGAAAUAGAAUCUUUUUUUUUGUGCACAACUUCAGGUUUACUUUGAAGGCAGGUCUUUGUGUUGCCUGAUAACUUUGAACAUUUUUGCAACCAUCCAGCUAUCCCCUACAUAAAAACCGUUUCAUUUCUUAUGAUGGAAUAUUUCUAUUAAAGUCGGUUGGAACAUUAAACGUAUUUUGUAUUUUAUUACCUUCAAAACAGCAGUUAAAUGAUUUUUUGCUUCACUGAUAAAUUGUAUACUAUAAUAUGCAAAGAGCUAUGUAACUUAAUGUGAAUAUAGGCGAGAAUCACAUCUUUGUAGUGUUACAUUUAUCAGCUUUACUGCAGGCAGCGUUAAAGGUUUAUUUUGUUAACAGUAUAUGUAUAUUAGGGAAACGAGGGAUUUUUUUAAACUAUUACAGUAAUGAGGAACCUAGUGACAUAUACAUCCUAGGAACUAUAGGCAGGACCCUUUGUUUUGAGUCAUCGGUCUAGACGUAGUGAUGUAUCGACACCGAGAGGGUCUGCAUUAUAUGAAAGGUGGUCGAUAUCCCCCACUUUGUUUUCUUCCUUUGGCCUUCCUUCUUUAAAAUAAAAUUAAGGAUUACCAUAAUGCUUAAAAUGUUUUACAGAAAGAUGUUUUUUUUUUUUAUUUAAAAAAAAAAAAGUCUCCUUGUGUAGUUCUCUCUUACUGAAGUGGUUGCUCAAGCAGGAAGGUUUCUGGAACGUUCUAGAGCAGUGGCUCAGUCUCGCCCCGGCUGUUCUUCACACGAGUGCUGCACGACCUUGGCUGUCAGUCCCAGAGGGCCUGAGGCUUCAUAUGCUUGCAUGAGUUAUUUUUUUUAUAUAUAUUUUGCAUGUCAGUCCUUUAAUUAUUAGACGAAAAUAUCUUCUUGUUUACAUGGUGAAUGGUGAUAUAUUAAUAUAUAAGGUUGCCAAACUUUGGUAUAUGUUUAAAUUAUAACCACUGCCACUACCUGUUACUUUUGAAUAUUCUCGAUUACCGCAUUGCAGAUUCCAGUUUCAUAUCUGUUCCAGUGUCGACUGCCAUAUGCUUUACUUCUAGGGAAAGCCGUGUGGGAUUUGUACAUAAGUAUUUGUUACAAAGCUAGCAGGAAUGUUACACUCUCCUAUCAGUAGUUAUUGCAUCGAUGGACCUGUCCUCCAAAGGGCUAGAUCAGUGCCUGUGGAGAGAGGCUGGCGGGGAGUCUGGAGGCGAAUGACGGUUAUUUAUUUUUUAUCUUCUCUGCAUGCUGCAUCAUAUGCUGUGGGAAUUAUUGGAAACUUCAUACUGUAUGAAAAUGAAAAAUAAACCAUUUAAAAUAA